CCGAGGCCCCAGCGCGACGACGGUUGGGACUCGAAGGGCCAGCGCAACUGGACCAUCGAGGUCAGGAAGGCGACGAAGGACAGGCCCGUGGCCAGGUUCGAACUCGAUGCGAACGGGGCGCUGGUGGUCUCGGAGUUGCCGACUGGCUGCCUGCUGGAGAAGUGGAAUGCGUCCGAAAAGGUCGGCUUGGUCGUCCCGCCAGCGCAGAUCGGCGACCGCGUCUUGUCCAUCAACGGGGCGACCCGCCCUGGCCACAUGAAGGACAAGAUCGACUUCGCGGUCGGCGACCUGCGCCUGAAAAUGCAGCGCAAUGGGGACUCCGAGUCGGUGCCCCCGACGUUGGCGGGCGGCGGCGAGCCCGCGCCGAAGGCCCGGCCCGCGUUCCGCGGACCACCGUCGCUGUCGGUGCACCCGGUGCUCGCGGCGCGCGCGGCCGACGCC